AUCGAUGAGAAAGCUCAGCGUCUUAAAUGCGAAUUCAAUUCUCGUUGUUCCUUCGUCGCUGCAAUAAAUUCCACUCCAAUGAGCGAGCGAGCAAGUGCCAGACGAAGUAAUGGCACCCGACGAGAGCAGAGAUGAGGUAAAGAUACAUCAAUAAAGAAAAGGGUUCAAUCAAAAGCGACGCCUUUAAAGCAAGCAAGGGGACGCGAUCCGAUAGAUUGGCCCCUCCAAAUUGGCACGCGAAGGUGCCGGUGGCGGUGGUGGUGGUGGACAACUGCGCACUAGUUGCUAUAAAGUCAGAGCAGGCCAGAGGCAGCUUUCUCUUCUCGCGUCUCCUCGCCGCCGGUGUCUGUUCUCGAGGGCUUUAUAGCGAGCCGAUGAUGCCCGCGGAAGGGGUCAGCCCAGGUAACGUGGCCGUGUACAACGCGGGCAGCAAGCUGAAGGCCGUGGACAGGAGACUGAAGGCGGCAGAGCUUGCCCUGAGAUGUGCGAUUUGUGGUUUUGGGGUUCUGGCUGCUGCCCUGAUAGGGUCCAACACCCAGGUCAGGGAGUUCUUCUCGGUGGAGAAGAAGGCCAAAUUCACCGACAUGAAAGCUCUUGUGUUCUUGGUGGCAGUUAAUGGAAUGGCCGCCGGCUAUAGCCUGAUCCAGGGAGCGAGGUGUGCGUCGAGCAUGGUCAAGGGAGCUGUCCUCUUGAACAAGGCCCUGGCUUUGGCCAUCUUCUCUUUCGAUCAGGCAAUGGCAUAUCUGGCCUUGGCCGCGGUCGCCUCGGCGGCGCAAUCGGCAGAGCUCGGGAAAUUCGGGCAGCCGGAACUGCAAUGGAUGAAGAUAUGCAGCCUUUACGGGAGGUUCUGCAGCAGGGUAGGGGAGGGCAUUGCGAGUGCCCUCCUGGCCUGCCUCUGCAUGGUCACCGUUUCCUCCAUGUCUGCCUUCAACCUGUUUCGCUUGUAUGGAAAAUCCAAAGGCGGCAAGAACAGCAACACAAGUUGGUAAAUGCAUGCGUUGCUCUCGAUGUCUCCGUCGAACUUCGUCUCUGUGUCGACAAUCUCUAGGUUUUGUACGUAAUCUUUUCUGUCAAUUUCUGGAACAAAUGUUUGAACUCUUGUUUGUUUGUUUGUCGCUUAUAUGUUUAAUGCAAGGUUGGUAGCUGACUUAA